AGACGCCCUAAUGAGUGUCUGGACGUGUACCGAGGGGUGAGGGAUGUCCAGUUCGAUGCAAAACUUGGCAAUAAAGUCCGCUUCGGCCAAUUCGCUUCAUCGUCGCGGGACAAAAACGUGGCCCAGGGUUAUGGGACAGACACAAUGUUUGAGGUGUACACGUGCCACGGCGUGGACAUCCAGGCUUUUUCCUACAAUCCUAGCAACCGUGAGGUGUUGAUCCCACCCUUCGAGACCUUUGAGGUCACCAAAGUCACCGGGGAAGGGAAGAAGGUGAUUGGGCUUCGCUCCACUGGGAACUCCAGCAACUACAACUGCGAGUGGCUGCGAGGUGGGAGUCUCCCCAGGAACUCCCCCCACUUUGGGGGGCUUCUCCUGGCUACCGUGGCCAUGGCAGUGGCCAUUGGAACCCUCUAAGCCACGAGGCCACCAAGGUCACUGUGGUCUUGGGUGCCAGUGUGGCCACCAUGGUCACGAAGGCCACCAGGACCCCCAGAGAAACGAGGCCACCAAGGUCACUGUGGAAGGCCACCAGGACCCCCAGAGAAACGAGGCCACCAAGGUCACUGUGGAAGGCCAUCAGGACCCCCAGAGAAACGAGGCCACCAAGGUCACUGUGGAAGGCCAUCAGGACCCCCAGAGAAACGAGGCCACCAAGGCUACCGAGGCCAUUAUGGCCACUAUGGUCACUUCGUCCACUGUGACCGCUGUGACCCCUGUGGCCAUUGUUACCACUUGGCCAUUAUUGCCAGCGUGGCCACCGUGGUCACUGUAACGAGGCGUCCAUCCUGGAAAAGCCCUUCCAAGAGCUGCCCAGUGAGGAAGCAGUGCCAUGGCAGCAGGACCAGCACGAGGGGAGCUGGAGCAGCCAGGACAGCUCAGGACAGCACGGACAGCACAGACUGGGCAGCGCUGGAGCCACAGACUGGGCAGCGCUGGGGCCGCUUGGGCACUUCCUGAUAGAGGGGGUGGCACUGGGAGUGGCAAUGUCACGGCCACCUCCUAACGCUCCUUGGCUGCCUCGCCUGAUGUAGCAAUAAAUUGCUGCUUGCUCACCUUGUUUAUAAAAAAUGUAUCAAAAACAUGAUCCUUGCUUGUCUGGCAUAUCAAAUGUUUUUCAGAAAUUUGAUCCUUGCUUGCCUGGCGUAUCAAAAGUUUACCAAAAUCUGCUGCUGGCUCACCCAGUGUAACCGCUGCAGCUCCUUUAACGCCUUUCCUGCAGGGCGCCUCAUUUCCUAAAACAAAGCAUUUCCUGGAGUUUUUGUUAGAGGCAACUCAAAGCUUUAAUUUUCAAACCUCGAUCUACUACAAAGAGGUGCUGGAGAAAUGUUCCUCCCUUUUUCUUUGUUCACUGCAGCCCCUCACAAAGGACCUGGAGGGGCUGGAGCAUGUCCAGGGAAGGGAUGGAGCUGGGGAAGGGUCUGGAGCACCAGGAAGGGCUGAGGGAGCUGGUGGGAGCUGCUCAGUGCAAUCAAAAAAGGAUGAAUAAUCAGUUUGGGGCCAGUUCCAAUGUUCCUGAUUUGACGUAACACAACUUUAGCAUUGGGAGGAAAAAAAAAAAGAAGAAAAAGAAACAGGAAGAAAAAGGAUGAAAAAUAAAAUGGAGAAAUGGGGACUGAGGCAGCACCACCCAUUUAUUU